AUGGCGACGUAUGACUACAAAGAGGCCUCGGCAAUAGCUCGUAAGAGGAGAGCCGCUAAUAUUGCUGCUUUUCACAAGACUCCAGCAUGGAACGAAGCGGACCUGCCUAAAAAUCUGACAGAGUAUGCCCUCAACUCUGACUACUACACCGACGAGGAGCGUCAGAUAAUUCAAUCAGAGGCCGACGAGAUCCUUGACAAGAUCAGAACCAAGACAUGGACCGCACUACAAGUCGCAAAAGCCUUCUGCAAGGCAUCCGCCUUGGCCCAGGAACUGACCAACUGCUUGACUGAAGUGCUGUAUGCAGAAGCGAUUGAACGAGCAAAAUAUCUUGAUGACUACCUCGAGCGCACAGGGAAGACUGUUGGUCCGCUUCACGGACUACCCAUCUCGCUCAAGGACUGUUUUGUGACAGCACCACAUCCUUCCAGUAAUGGAAUGGCGGUAUUCGCCAACGAGCCUCUUGAAAAGGAUGCCUUGCUGGUCACCAUUCUGCGUGAUCUGGGUGCUGUCUUCUAUGUCAAGACAAACGUCCCGGUCGCCAUGAUGAUGGCUGAAACGAAUAACAAUAUCUGGGGAGAGUGCCGGAAUCCUCUGCACAAGUUCCUCUCUCCCGGGGGCUCCAGUGGUGGCGAGGGAGCUCUCAUAGCCUUUAAAGGCUCGCCGUUAGGGAUUGGCACAGACGUUGGCGGCAGUAUCCGUAUCCCUGCUGCAUGGUGCAACAUCUACGGCUUGAAACCCAGCUUUGGUCGAUAUCCCCAUUAUGGAGCCAAACCAGGUAUAGCCGGACAGGAGUACAUUCUAUCCGUCAAUGGGCCGAUGGCGAGGUCUCUGAAAACACUGCAGCUGUACUCGGAAGCUCUCUUAUCUGAGGACGUGAGACCCUGGGAUCAUGACCACAAGUGUCUGCCCAUUCCUUGGAGGAAGAACGUCAUUCAGCCAUCAGGCCGUAAACUCCGCUUCGGUCUGAUUGGUGUCCAUGAUAGCCUUGUUCAUGUUCACCCGCCGGUGGAGCGUGCUUUGCAAAUGACCCAGGCCGCCCUUGAGAAGCAAGGCCACGAAGUUAUUCCCUGGUCCACCGAGGAUCAUGAAGCGAUUGUGAAGAAUCUCCAAGCAGCUUUCUUCGACCUUGGCGGCGCCGCAAUCAUGGACCUUAUCACACCUUGGGGAGAGCCUGUGUUCCCGAGCAUGGAAGGAUAUGCAUUGGCAGCUGCCGCAGGUGAAGGCGAACUCGGACCGACCAAGAUGCGAAUGAUGAACCUCCGGCGCAAUGAAUUGCAAAAGGCUUACCUUGACCGCUGGAAUGCGACUGCCGCGGACGGAAAACCACGAUUAGACGGCCUCAUCUGUGCCACUUCUCCAUGGGCAGCUCCCCGGCUGGGUCAAACCCAGAGGCAGAGCUUAUAUGUUGGCUACACGGGCUUUGUAAACUUCUUGGACUUCUGCGCCUGCACUUUUCCAGUCACAUUUGCAGACAAAGAUCUUGACAAGGCAAGAGAUAUGAGCACCUUCAAGCAGUUGAGCGAGAUUGACGGCAGAAUCCAACAAGAUUACGAUGCUGAGUUCUAUCAUGGAGCACCAGUGGCGUUGCAGAUUGUCGGAAGGCGACUCGAGGAGGAGAAAGUCCUCGAAAUGUGCGAGGUCAUCGACAACUGUCUGAAAACGGUUUGA